AUGGGUUGCUCCCCAUCAAAAGGAAAUAAUUUUGGUACUCAAGGCCCCUUUAAGAAGGGUAGAACCUUAUUGCCCGGGCACCAAGAAAUCCCAGGUGAGUCCCAGUCUGAUGAUGGAAGUUGUGGAGGCUCUUCAGGAACAGGAGACACAGAUGGUGAAACAUUGGAAAGGAGUAGCAGUGAAUGGAAAACAGUAGGACAGACCGGCUUUACUCAGAAAGAAGCAACUUCGACCCUACAGAAAAAAAACGCCUCCCUUUCUGAGGUGGUCCCAGAGUGUGUGGUUUUGGAUAAACUCUGUGCUCAAGAAAUUGAGACCAACAAACUGUUGCAGGGAAAAGCAAAACAUGGAGACAAGCAGGACAUGGCUGACAAAAAGUCUGGAAGGAAGCCAAAGAAAAAUAGCAAAGCCGUCAAGCUAAUCAAAAAAAAAGAAAAAGAACAGAAAGCUUCUAUUGUAGACCAGAAAGUAGACUUUCCUGAACCGUUAGUGAAAGCUCACCAGGCUGCGUAUGGCUUUUUAAACCCUAGCAUAAGUAAAUAUGAGAUUUUGUUGAGCCUUCUUGACCAGGCAACCCAAACACAGGUCUCUGUGCAGCCUAUGGUAGCCUUUAUGGCAAUGCGCUAUGAGGAAAUCAACCAGGGACUCAGAGAAAUGGCAGAGGAAGGGGAGAAGCUUUUGAAGGAGAAUGGGGAACAUCUCGCCUGGCCAAGUUUAAUGAAAAACCUGUCCUCUAACCUUUCCACGUCUGGCUCAAUCAAUUCUGAACCUCCCCCAGAUCUCCUGCAGCAGCUUCUCCAGUACACCACUCAGAGGAUGCAGAAUGUGGGCCAAUCUGUUGGCGGAAUUGGGGAUUCUGCUCUUGAAGAGGCAGCUGAGUACUUUGCGUCGGUCUCUGUGCUUUUGGAAGAGAAACUGAAAGCCAAGCAUGCAAUAGAGGCUAGGCUAAUGCAGCUGCUGACUCGCAUUGAAGCCGCCUCAAUACGUAAGCCCGGGCCAGAUGACUCUGCACUGUUCAGUGAGGACAGUGGUAUAGGGGCUGAAAAUGAGUCACUGACAGGAUCUGAACGACGGCUCAGACGAGAAAGUUGUGAGUCCACUGGGACCAUUAGAACCUGUCCUUGUAGUCCAACUGUUGUCAAUAGCAACCUUACAAGUGGACAAGCAGCACGUUGGAGGACGUUUACCAACCAAAGCCCCAGAGUGGCCCUGGGGGGGAUAGAUUCAAGCUGUUCCGUUAAGGACAAAUUCCAGAAAGACACAGAAUCCCUGCUUGGAUCAGCCUCUUUAGAUGAUGGUGAAGAUGAUGAGGGAGCUGGAGGUGAGGAAGAUGCUGAUGACGUUGAGGGUGGUUGUAGGAAACGAUCAAAUUCCUCACCUCCCGACCCCAAACAUAUACCUCGCCGUCUUCCACCCAAACGCAUUGAGAAUCCUCAAAAUGUAGAGAUGACCUUGAAAAUGAAAGAUGCUUUGAGUGGUCGCAUACGUUUUGCUCCAUCACAACAUGCCACAAGCAAAGCUAAGCCUAUAGAAAGCCCGAAGACCAGUAGACGUAAGUGGACAGAGGAUGAGGGAAGAUCCCCCAAAAGACCACAGACUGCAGCCCCUGUCCGAAAGGCACUGAAGAAGACCCCUGUCGCUAAAGAGCGUCGAUCUCAGUCCGAAGAAUCCCUCCGAAGCAAAGCAGAAGAUCCUACUCUCCUUGAACUAGAGAGGACCCAGAGGGAUUUGAAUCAAAGGCUUGCGAGGAUGAACAAAGGGAAAACCGCAGGGAACAACAAGACAAAUCUCACUAAACAAAACCAAGGAACUACUGCACAGUCUCCAACAUCUAAUCGUCUCCGUCCCUCAGUGGAGAAAAACAGCAACAAUCUUCCAAAACAGAACAAGUCAGGGCUUAUGAAAUGCAAUACUGGAGAACAGGAGUUCAGCAAAGACACCGAAGACAAGACAAAGAACAAGAAAACAGCUAAGGGUCCCUUGAAAGCCACCCCACCUCCCAGCCCUCCACCAAGUCGGCCACCUUCAGGACUGUACAGGGGCAGGAAUUCUGUCAAAAAGCUGAUUGAUACCUUCAGCCAAGGCAUGGAAGAGCCCAAACCAGAGUCUUCUAAAGUGCUGGGGCCUUUGAAAGGGGUGCGGAAGUGUGGGGUUCCCAUAUUGCCUGGCCUGGGAAAUGUAGAGGCUGCACUUAGUGCUGGACUUACAAGCUGUCGGGUAGAACGUUCAGAUAAAAAUGAAGACUUGGAUUUGGACAAUCUUCCACCUCCUCCACUGGAGGUUUUAAUGGACAAUUCCUUUGAAGGCGCCCAAAGUCUCUUGGUUAAUGACUUAGAUGAUGGUGUAUUGAGCAGAGGUCGAUCACCUGUGGCCAAGAGGGCAACUGUAUCGCAGCGGCUACGGGCCUCCAUGCAGUCUGCUACAGUGCUGCCAAGUAGAGGCAAUAUGCCCAGAGGGUCCAGGAGCAUGUCCCCUGCCAGAACUAUACGGAAGCCACACAUUUCUACUAAUAUUAGCCAAAUGGAGGGGAUUCAGACAGGUGAAGACCUUGAGACAGAAGAGGCUGCUUCACUAUACAAGCAGUCCCGAAAAGUCAUCCACCUACGUCACUCCUUUGACUCUGCUGAGAAGAAAGCUUUGUCACUUUCUCUGCCUGUAAAGCCACCUCUCCAUCAAUCCGAAUCAGGAGACAAACAGGAUGAAGGUGGACCGGAUGGCAGCAGCCAAUCUGAAAUAGUGCCUACAUUUACAGUCAUCAAUAGUCGACCACCUGCAACACCACCUGUGUUGAGAGCUCGGGUGUUGCCCACUACCCCUUCAGUCACUGGUAGCUUGCACCGCAGGCUUCCCAGUCCCUCUGUGUUCAAAAGGCAGCCUACUCCUCCAUCGUCAACCAGCCCUCCUGUCGUCCGCGACCUUCCCACCCCACCACCCGUUCAGAGGAGACUACCAAGCCCACCUGCAGUGCGGCGUGAGAUGACCCCAAACUCACACUCUGUGUCUGCAUUCCCUUUCAAGGCCCCGUCUCCACCGGCCUCUCCUAGAUUCCACAGAUUCUCCCGAGGUAACAGCAGUGAGGACCCAGGCGCGUCCCCGGCCUCCCGACUGAUCAGCAACGCUCGCUCUGUUUUCUGCCCGGCGUCCGCAUCACUGUUUGAGGCCCAUUCUUGUCCGGUGCCACAGCCCCCCCAAGCUUGGACAGCCACAGGAGUCAGUGUUCUUACACGUGCUUGGGGGGACCGUGGCAGGUUCCCCAUGUCAGCACGAGGGCCAAAACCUUUUGUGAAACGAAGCCAUUCGGACCGGAGGCCCAGCAUGCCACCCCGGGCACCAACCAUUUCCGUGGCACAGACCUGUGGAAGCGAACCGGCUCUAAGUUUACAGGGGCUGGACGAUGAGCCAACCAAAGAUUUUGAGCUGUGGCACAGCCAAUCAGAUCUGAGGGGAACCACACGCUCUGCCUCGCACCCUGACUUGUGCAUUGUAGGUCAAGCCUUACACCGUGAAUGA